AUGACGAAGGAUACUACGCAAGUGUCUCAUUCACAAGAGGAACUGCGUGCGCCAUUCGAAGUAUUGAGUCGGGCCCUGUCGUUUGAACAUGAAGACCACCGGCUGUGGUGGAAACAGGGAGGCUCCAAGCUUGCCACAUAUCUGAAGCUCGCAAGAUACAGCAUGGCAUCCCAGUACCAACAUCUGCUGAUGUUUUACUCCGUCUACGCCCCAAACCUUGGUCCAUAUCCUAACGAGAAGAGAGACAACGUUAACUGGGUCUGCGCUAUCUGCCCAGGAGGCGAGAACCUAGAGCUUAGCAUGAACUUCCAGCAACAGUCCAAGUGCACUGUGCGCAUGGCUGCAGAGACACUUGGCCCGCUUACCGGCACCGAGAAAGAUCCCACAAAUGUGGCCGCCGAAAAUAAGCUGAUUGACGAUCUAAGAGCUCUCCAGCCGGAUCUCAAUUUCACCUGGUUUGACCAUUUCGAACGGGAGGUUGUGGUACCCAAGGAGGUGGCUUUGAACCACAAGCAGGCUAUCAAUUCCGUCCCGUACAAAAAUCAGAGACUCCAUGGGCUCGAUUUGGCCGAGGGGGCCUUCACGCUCAAGUCAUACUUCUUGCCUUCAAUCCGCUCCGCGGUCACCGGAGUCGACACAACACAAAUUAUGUUUGACUCUAUCCGAAAGCUGGCGUUAGGGAAUCCCAACUUCAACUCAGCUUUGGACAUGUUGCAGGACUGGAUGAUUCCCACAAGAGGUCGUUUUAUGGGAGAUUGGGAUGUAGUCUCCUACGAUGCUAUCGACGCCGAGGAAGCCAGGAUCAAGGUUUACACAGGCAUUAAAAUGGAGUCGCUAGAGCAGGCCUGGGAUAUUUGGACACUGGGAGGGCGACUUCAGGGCGACGUUGUCGACAAAGGAUUCGAGCUUGUGAAGAGGCUCUGGGGGCGUCUGAUGGAUGAUGAGCCAUCGACAUGCGAAUUGAAGUACUGCAUGCAGUGGGUUUGGGAACUGAGAACCGAUGUCUCUAUCCCUGUUCCGAAACUAUACUUUACUGUUGCAGAAGCCGAAGAUCACUAUGUUUCUGACGCAGUAGUGGAGAUACUUGAGUACCUCGGUUGGGACGAGCAUGUCCAAACCCACCGAGCUUUGAUGGAUGAAGCCUGGUCCUUGAAUCAAACAAAAGAGAGCUACUUUGCUUUCAAUUAUAUAUCAGUCACGUACCACAGCAUCAAAGGACCAUAUAUCACAACUUACGGCAACCCCAGUGGUCCAAGGCCUGUCUUUAAAGAAUAG